AAGCAGUACAAGUUACUGCCUAUAAAGUUCCAUGUGCCAGGUACAUGACGACUACGGGAGUGUUACUGUUGGUGUGUGUAGUGAGUGGGUAUCUGAGCGGUAGGGCUACACACUGUUCUCAGUUCCAUAUUUGUGUGUGUAUUUCCUAGCUGUGAGCAUACACUAAGUAUGUGACAGUAUACUUUUUCAGUUCCAUAUUUGUGUGUGUAUUUCCUAGCUGUGAGCAUACACUAAGUAUGUGACAGUAUACUUUUUUUGGUUGAUUUUUCUGGCCUGGAACUACAGUGCACCACUUGCCACUUCCUCCCAAGUAAUCCUAGUAUAUUUUUAUAGAAGCUCUCUACUCAGAAUUUCACUUGACACACCCUCAUCAACUUUGGCCUCUCUCUCCCUUCUUUUCCUUUUUUCCUGCAGACAUGGCUGCUGGACACGGGCACGGGCACGGGCACGGGCACGGUCAUGAUAAACUGGUCCUUCCAGAUCACACACAGUGGAGAAUAGAAGGGACCCCGCUAGAGGCAGUGCAGAAGAACCUGGCUACCCGGGGGCUGAGGGACCCGUGGGCUCGCAAUGAGGCUUGGCGGUACAUGGGCGGCUUCGCGGAGAACAUCUCCUUCAUGAGUGUGCUGUUCAAAGGGUUCAAGUGGGGAUUUGCUGCGUUUGUGGUCGCGGCAGGGGCUGAGUAUCUCCUGUCCUCCCAGAACGGUGAUAAGAAGCAUCACUGAAGGCAGCAUGGGAUCAUUUCCUGACUUCUCUCUCGUAAAAAUAAGAUUUCCUCUCUCUAGCAUCCUUGGCUGAAUGUUUGUUCUUGAAAGAAUGGCUUAAUAAAGUAAAGAAAAACUU